AUGAGUAAAAAGUUGUUAACGCCUGUUACGAAGAAACCAUCAGCUGAUGCUGCUACUACUGCUGCAUCAUCAACAGCUAGUGCUCCGAAAAAACCAAACGAAGUAUCGAUCGCUUCCACUGAAAAUCUUCCGGUUCCAAAUUUGGAGUCUUAUGUUUUGAUAUGGCUUGAUGGUAAUAUUAGCAAGACACGGGACAAUAUCAAGACAUUAAAAGAACUUAAACAACUUAUUAAUUAUAUUAAAACAUUUGAUAAUAUCGAACAAUGUGAAUCAUACAUUCAACAAAUAUGCAAUGAGAAGAUUGUGCUAAUUGUCUCUGGUGGUUUUGGUAGUCAAAUCAUUCCACGUAUUAAUAAUCUUCAGCAGUUUAGUAGCUGCUAUGUCUAUUGUCAAGAUAAAACAAGAAAUGAGGAAUGGGCUAAGACUUACUCAAAAAUUAAAGGCGUGUUCGUUCGGCGUGAUGAACUGGUUGCACAAAUCGCGGCCGAUCAAACCGCUAGAUCUAAAGCUGAUGACAUUAUACCAAUAUCCUUUUUUACACGUAAUGAUAUUAACAACAACAGCAGUCUUGAAUCACGUAAUGCCAAUUUCUUGUGGUUUCAAUUAUUUAUUGAAGUUUUGUUACGAAUGUAUCAUACAUCAUCGUCUAGGAAUGAAUUAAUUAAUUUUUGCAAGAAAAAUUAUGCCGGAAAUGAAUCAGAGGAAGAAAUGAUCGCUGAAUUUGAACAUAAAUAUAAACCGGACGAUGCAAUACGGUGGUACACACGCAAUACAUGCUUGUAUCGUAUGUUGAAUAAAGCUUUACGCAUACACGAUUUCGGUACCAUAUUUGUACUCCGAUCCUUUAUUACGGACAUUGCUAAACAGCUUAAAAAAGAAAAUGAACGCUUUGUCUAUGCUACCAUGGGAGAUAAAAGUUCUAAUAGUAGUUCAAUAAUUAAAGUUUAUCGUGGUCAAUCAAUUAGUGUUGAUGAACUAAAUCUGAUGCAAUUAAAUAUCAAUGAAUUUAUUUCAAUGAGUUGUUUUCUAUCUACAAGUAAAAGUCGUCUAACCGCACUUAAGUUUGCUUCUCAAUCUGAUGUUAAGCCCAAUACAGAAAGGAUUCUAUUUGAAAUUAAUAUUGAUAUACGUUUAACGAAAGAUUUUGCUGAUGUUAAACAUUUAAGCUGGUUUGGAGGUGAAGAUGAGGUACUCAUAAAGUUAGGUACUAUAUUUCGCAUUGAAAAAAUUAUUUAUGAUAAGAAAGAACAAUUAUGGAUUGCGAUGGUUUCACUAGCAAGUGAAGAUGAUUAUGGUUUAAAAGAUUUAUUUUCCCAUAUGAAACACAAAAUUGGUGAAGAAACAAAUUUAAAUUCAUUGGGGAAGAUCCUAAUAGAAAUGGGUCAAUAUGACACAGCGGCCAAUUACUAUGAACAGUAUGAAAAAGAAUCACAGAUAGCAAUGGCUGAUGCAUUGUUUGGGUUAGGAUUUGCUGCUUAUCGUAAUAAAAAUUAUGAUAAGUCAUUAUACAGCCAAACAAAGGCUUUGGAGUUGAGAGAAAAAUUAUAUUCCUCUCAUCAUCCAGAUGUUGCUCAAUGUCAUAUGCAUAUCGGGAAUGUUUAUUUGGGUAAAAAAGUUUAUAAUGCUGCUCUAAAUUAUUAUAAAAAAGCACUAGAAAUUCAAGAGAAAACACUUGAUGAUAAUCAUCCCGAUUUUGAUAAGACUUAUAUUAAUAUUGCCGCAGCACAUCGUCUCAGAGGAGAAUAUGAAUUGGCUUUGGAAUAUUAUGAUAAAGGACUUCAGAUCCAACGAAUCCAUUUGCCAUCUUCCCAUUAUGAUAUUGGAUUGACAUAUCAUCAUAUUGGUCAUGCAUAUAAAGGUAUGCAUGAUUAUACAAAAGCAAUGGAAUAUUAUGAAAAAGCUACUCACAUAUAUCGGAAAACUCUUCCUCCAUCACAUAAAUACAUUGAACAGAUUGAAAAUGACAAACGUGAAAUAGAACAAAAAUUGAACUUAAAGAGUCUAGGUCUUGUACCAUCACCACCAAUCAUUCAAUAA